AAAUAGCACAGACAAAAGACGGUGGUGGUAUCGUUACAAGCCAAAAAUUAAUAAUUAACUCUCUAAACUCACUUUGGCAUUUGGAGAGGAAAUUAAGCGAGAGAGACAAUGGAGCUGAACGGAGAGGAAGGAAAAGCGACGACGUAUUGCGUAACGGGUGCAAGUGGAUACAUCGGUUCUUGGUUGGUUAAGUCUCUUCUCGAAAGAGGCUACACAGUUCACGCCACUCUCAGAGAUCUUGCAAAAUCUCAAUAUUUUCAAUCCAAGUGGAGAGGAAACGAACGGCUUAGAAUAUUCCGAUCGGAUCUUCAAGAUGGCGGCAGCUUCGAUGACGCCGUUAAGGGCUGUGAUGGCGUGUUCCAUGUCGCGGCUUCCAUGGAGUUUGAUAUCUCACCGGAUCAGGUUAAUCUAGAGAGUUAUGUCCAGAGCAAAGUCAUUGACCCGGCGAUAAAAGGCGUACGGAACGUACUAGGUUCUUGUCUAAAGUCAAACUCAGUAAAGAGAGUUGUCUUCACGUCAUCCAUCAGUACCCUCACAGCCAAAGAUGAGAAUGAACGGUGGAGAUCAAUCGUAGAUGAGACUUGCAAGACUCCCAUUGAUCAUGUACUUAAAACAAAAGCAAGUGGAUGGGUUUAUGUACUAUCGAAACUAGUAUCAGAGGAAGAAGCAUUUAGAUAUGCAAAAGAGAGUGGAAUGGAUCUUGUUUCAGUUAUUACAACUACUGUCUCGGGUCCAUUUUGUACACCUUCUCUCCCAUCAAGCCUUCAAGUUCUCUUGUCUCCAAUAACAGGGGACUCCAAGUUGUUUGGGAUACUAUCAGCAGUGAACAAAAGAAUGGGUUCGAUUGGUUUGGUACACAUUGAAGAUAUUUGCAUGGCGCAUUUGUUUCUGAUGGAAGAACCAAAAGCUGAAGGUCAAUACAUAUGUUGUGUUGACAACAUUGAUAUGCAUGAGUUGAUGCUUAAUCACUUCUCUAAGGAACAUCUUUGUAAAGUUCAUAAGCUAGAUGAUGAUUUGGAAGAGAGACAAAGUUUGAUGAAGCCUAUGAUUUCUUCAAAGAAGUUAAAAGAUUUGGGGUUUGAGUACAAAUAUAGUAUUGAUGAAAUUAUUCGUCAAACCAUUGAUGCUUCGAUCAGUUUUAGGUUUCCUACCUUGGACCACAAGCUCAAGUAGUGAGCUGAACAAAAAGUCAAAAAUAAAGUUUUUUGUAGUUCCAACAUGUUGUUUAUUUUAGAAGGCUGUAUACUGCCAAAGCGAGCCAAUGAACUAAUGGAAGUUCAUAUUAGCUGCAAUAGAAACCUUCCUCAUUCAUUUCUUU